AUGGCGCCCCAGCCUGAGUCCAUGCUGGCGUACACAAAGCAGAAGAAAAUCGAGAAAGCGCUGGACCACUGUGAGAAGGCCCUGCGGGAGCGGCUAAAAAUCGCAGUAACGUCGGAGCUCCGGGGCAAGGUGCACUACCGGAAGGCAGAAGCCUAUGAGGUUAGCGGGGAGGUCUCUAAAGCCAUUGCCAGCUGCAAGUUAUCCCUGGAGGUAAAUCCAGACAAUCCCGACGCUCGAAAGAAGCUGUCGCAGCUGAAGGCGCAAGAGGCCGACCAACGGAAGCGUGAGCGAUCACUCUUUGCGGGCUUGCGGGGUGUUUGUGCUUCCCAAGCUGUCAGCCCAGAGGCACAGGCGCCAAAGGCCGCGCCAGCGCCUGCUGCACCUGACUCCUCCGACGAGGAGUUUGCGGAUAAGGGCGGCGACGACAGUGAUUCCGAGGAGCUUACCUUGGAGCAGCAGAAAGUCCUGGAGCAAGGACUGACUGACCGUGACGCUUCCGCGAGACUGAUGAGCAGCCUCGGCAUGGCAGCAAAGCACGGGCCAGCAGACCCUCAUAUGGUUCAGCCUACGAACAUGACGGUUGGCCCGGAGGUUUUCUGGACGCCAGAGAGCUUCAAAGGCAAGAACGUGAGAAUGAGCAUGGCUAAAGAGCCUGCGCAAGGCUACUAG